AGGGGACGAGGAACAAAACACGUUGGUAAUUGUUUAUGUGACUGACACAACACACUACUCAGAGUCACACACACUGAAUCAAUGGUUGUUGCCUCCAUUCGGCUUCUUUCUCCUUCUUUUCUCUCUUUCGCCCCUUAUCGCUCUCCAUUUUCAUGGCGAUCCCGUCCUUCUUCUUCCAUCUCACUCCCCUCCACCAGUGCUUUUUCUUCCAUCCAUUCAUCUUCUUCCAAUGGAGAUGGAGGGUUGGAAUUGCCUGCUGAUCAAGCAGAAGUUGUAUUUUUGGGGACUGGAACUAGUGAAGGGGUUCCGCGUGUUAGCUGCUUGACUAAUCCUUUAAACAAUUGUUCGGUAUGUUCAAAAGCUGCUCAACCAGGUAAUAAGAAUAGGAGACUAAACACAAGCAUUCUUAUUCGUCAUCCUAGCCCCUCAGGAACACACAAUAUUCUUAUAGAUGCUGGAAAAUUUUUCUAUCAAAGUGCUCUUCGGUGGUUUCCAGCAUUUGGGCUAAGAACCAUUGAUGCGGUCAUUAUUACUCAUUCACAUGCUGAUGCAAUUGGAGGUCUUGAUGAUCUUAGAGAUUGGACAAACAAUGUUCAACCUCAUAUUCCAAUAUAUGUAGCCAAGCGUGACUUUGAGGUGAUGAAGAAGACCCAUUAUUAUUUAGUUGAUACUAGUGUUAUCUUACCUGGUGCCAAAGUCUCUGAGUUGCAAUUUAAUAUCAUAUCAGAAGAACCAUUUUUUGUACAUGGAUUGAAGAUUACCCCCUUACCAGUGUGGCAUGGCAAGGAUUAUCGGUCCCUUGGUUUUCGUUUUGGUAAUAUAUGUUACAUAAGCGAUGUCAGUGAAAUUCCUGAAGAAACUUAUCCUCUUUUAAAGGACUGUGAAAUUCUAAUCCUGGAUGCUUUGAGGCCUGAUCGUUCUACAUCCACACAUUUUGGACUUCCUAGGGCCUUAGAGGAAGUGCGAAAAAUUCAACCCAAAAGGACACUUUUUACUGGUAUGAUGCAUCUGAUGGAUCAUGAAGAAGUGAAUGAUUACCUUACAAAACUUUUAGAGUCUGAGGGCCUUGAUGCACAACUGAGCUACGAUGGGCUUCGUAUACCAGUCAGACUUUAGCUUGCAUACAGUCUCAUUCAUAAGACGACUAUUUUUUUCUCAAAGAGAUAUCAUUGAUAAACAAAUGAUAUUACAAGUUCAUACAUUCUUCAGUUUCCUUCCGCUACUCUACCACCUUCCUAUCAUCAUUGAUCAUUCUUUCUUUUUCUCCUUGUCUGUUAGUGACAAGAAACACCUAGGAUGAUACCAUACAUGUAACAAGAUUAUUUUCUUGCAAUGAAGUAUUUAAUAACUUUUUUAC